AUGUGGGCUCUGUUGUUCAGUCUGUCCUGUGGUCUUGUAUUCACUACUGCUGCUGUUCAACAGCCAGUCGUGAAGUCGCAGGCAGGUAUCUUCCACGGUCGCUACCUUCCUGGGUUUGAGCAAGAUCUUUACCUGGGUAUCAAGUAUGCGCCAACGCCAGUACGCUUCACUCCCGCCAAAUUGAGUAAUGAUACACCAAAGACGCACUACAAUGUGACCCAGUAUGGUCUCGACUGUACAGGCUAUGGUUCAGAUACAACAAGGCUGGUCAAAGAGGGUUGGACGAAGCUGGGAGAAGACUGCUUGCACCUCAAUGUCGUAAGACCACGAACGAAUGAGAAGAACCUACCAGUACUGUUGUGGAUCUACGGUGGAGGAUGGCAACAGGGUGCUACAAGCGACCCACGAUACAACAUGAGCUACGUGGUCGAGCAGUCGGUGCUGAACAACAAGCCCAUCAUCGGCAUCUCCAUCAACUACCGCAUGGCCGCAUUUGGCUUCAUCUCGAGUGACGAGGUCAAUGCAGAAGGUGCACAGAAUCUGGGUUUACGCGAUCAGCGUCUCGCAUUGCAGUGGGUGAAUAAGCAUAUCUCCUCGUUUGGCGGUGACCCAGCAAAGGUCACCAUCUGGGGUGAGAGCGCAGGUGCAUACUCGGUUGGUGACCACAUAAAUGCAUUCGACGGUGAAAACGAUGGCCUUUUCCGUGCUGCUAUACUGGAGAGCGGUGGUGCGGUAGGCGCGCCACUGAAUGGGACGGAUUGGUACCAAGGCAUGUAUAAGAACCUGACUGCCUCGGUCGGCUGCUCGAAUUCGACAAACACACUGCAGUGCCUGCGUGAAGUCCCGUACGAGAGAAUCGCACCUUACGGAUACGUUGGCCUCGAAUGGUUCCAUGUCAUCGACGGUUCGUUCGUCCCUCGAUACGGUCAAGAGUCGCUACUCAGUGGCAGAUUUGCAAAGAUCCCCUUGAUCUUGGGUACAAAUACAGACGAAGGUUUUGGUGUGAACGGUGUGAACACAGACGCACAAGCUAUAGAACAAUUGCUCACUUCGAAGAGAUGGAAUAUUGAUGAACAGCAAGCUCGCCGCAUACUCGAGCUCUACCCCAACGACCCGACUUUGGGAGAGCCAUAUGGUUGGGGCAACAGGACAUGGCCCGAGUACGGGUUGCAAUACAAACGAUAUCAAAGCAUCGCGACCGACUUAACGAUGUAUGCGCCAAGGAGGCUUCUAGCAGAAAGGAUGAGUGACUACGUCGAAAAUGUCUACUCUUACAGAUGGGACGCACCCAAAUUUAAUACUACACCAGCUAGUAUAGGGGUCAAUCACUUUUCUGAGAUACCGUUUGUGUUCGGCAACACCGAACAGCAGAUCACACCACUUGGGAACAGUACUGCAAACUUGAAGCUCUCAAACUUGAUCAUCAGGAUGUGGGCAUCGUUCGCACACGAUCUGGAUCCGAACGGCCAUGGCAUCUCAAACAUCGACACGUGGCCGCAGUACGGAAACAGCACAUCGAACUUUGUCUUUAGAGCGGAUCAAAGUUACAUCGAGAAGGACAAAGACAGAGCUGAAGGGGUGGCGUAUAUCAACACCAUUAGGCGAUAG